CACUCUGGUACACCAAUAAAGUCUGUUUCACUCACCUUCCUGGUCUCGAGUCUCUCUUGGCAUACUGUGGCAGUAACUGGACAACUGGACUUUGCUGCUACAGUAGGGUUGCCAACUUUUUUACUGGCCCUUGUCAUAGGAGGAUGAAAGAAUUCUGCGAUGAGAUUAUUAAUGCAGAGAUUGAAAUAUUCAACAUUAUUCAUUGUGGAGGAAAGGAUUCUCUCUUUUGUAACAAUUAAACAUCAAGAAAGAGGUACUUCUGGUCAAUCCUCCCUCUUAUAUUUAUUUUACAUUUUGGGGUUCCUUUCUUUGUCCAUAAUUUUUCAUCUACCUGAGAAGAUCUUAUACUAUGACGCAUCCACCAAAAACACAUUUAAUUCUUCCUUGAUAGAACAAAUUUUACUCCGGCACAUUGCCCCUAAUACUAGUUUGUCCUUUGAGGCUACUGAUGCUGGAAUAUGGACAGUGAACUCCAUUGGGCGCCUCGGGAACCAGAUGGGACAAUAUGCCACUCUUUAUGCCCUAGCCAAGCUAAAUGGAUAUCAAGCCUACAUCCGUCCAGAAAUGCAUUCAGCUUUAUCACCAGUCUUCAAGAUCACUUUGCCUGUAAUCUCUGCUGAGGUGUUUAGGAAGAUCCAAUGGAGGAAUGUUUAUUUGCAUGAUUGGAUGUCAGAAGACUAUCGUCACAUCCAAGGGAAAUAUGUCCAAUUGAUGGGCUACCCUUGUUCUUACACCUUUUAUCACCACAUCCGCCAGGAAAUCCUAAAGGAGUUCACUUUCCAUGACCACAUCAAGGAAGAGGUCAACCACUACCUGCAAAUCUUGCGAGGAGAACGCCAGAACGUGACAUAUGUUGGAGUGCAUGUUCGGAGAGGAGAUUAUGUGAGGGUAAUGCCCAAAACCUGGAAAGGUGUGGUGGCUGACAAAGGUUACUUGGAGAAAGCCAUGUUCUACUUCAGAAAGAAAUACCUCAAUCCCAUCUUUGUAGUCACCAGCAAUGGGAUGGAGUGGUGCAAGAAAAACAUUGAUGCCUCCAGGGGAGAUGUUUACUUUGCUGGGGAUGGGAAGGAAGCCUCUCCAGGAAGGGAUUUUGCUCUCCUUACUCAUUGCAACCACACAAUCAUGACCAUUGGGACUUUUGGCAUCUGGGUUGCCUACCUAGCAGGUGGGGAGACUGUUUAUUUAGCCAAUUAUACCCUCCCAGAUUCUCCAUUUCUCAAGGUCUUCAAGCCCUCUGCAGCCUUCUUACCUGAGUGGAUUGCGAUCCCAGCUAAUCUUUCUCUACUGCUGCCCAAAUAGAAUAGAAUAGAAUAGAAUAGAAUAGAAUAGAAUAGAAUAGAAUAGAAUAGAAUAGAAUAGAAUAGAAUAGAAUUUUUUAUUGGCCAAGUGUGAUUGGACACACAAGGAAUUUGUCUUGGUGCAUAUGCUCUCAGCGUACAUAAAAGAAAAGAUACGUUCAUCAAGGUACAACAUUUACAACACAAUUGAUGAUCAAUAUAUCAAUAUAAAUCAUAAGGAUUGCCAGCAACAAGUUACAGUCAUACAGUCAUAAGUGGAAAGAGAUUGGUGAUGGGAACUAUGAGAAGAUUAAUAGUAGUGCAGAUUCAGUAAAUAGUUUGACAGUGUUGAUGGAAUUAUUUGUUUAGCAGAGUGAUGGCCUUCGGGGAAAAACUGUUCUUGUGUCUAGUUGUUCUGGUGUGCAGUGCUCUAUAGCGUCGUUUUGAGGGUAGGAGUUGAAACAGUUUAUGUCCAGGAUGCGAGGGAUCUGUAAAUAUUUUCACGGCCCUCUUCUUGAUUCGUGCAGUAUACAGGUCCUCAAUGGAAGGCAGGUUGGUAGCAAUUAUUUUUUCUGCAGUUCUAAUUAUCCUCUGAAGUCUGUGUUUUUCUUGUUGGGUUGCAGAACCGAACCAGACAGUUAUAGAGGUGCAAAUGACAGACUCAAUAAUUCCUCUGUAGAACUGGAUCAGCAGCUCCUUGGGCAGUUUGAGCUUACUGAGUUGGCGCAGAAAGAACAUUCUUUGUUGUCCUUUUUUGAUGAUGUUUUUGAUGUUAGCUGUCCAUUUGAGAUCUUGCGAUAUGAUAGAACCUAGAAAUUUGAAGGUUUCUACUGUUGAUACUGUGUUGUCAAGUAUUGUGAGAAGUGGAAGUAUGGAAGGGUUUCUCCUAAAGUCUACCACCAUUUCUACGGUUUUGAGUGUGUUCAGUUCCAGAUUGUUUUGGUUGCACCACAAGGCUAGUCGUUCGACCUCUCGUCUACAUGCGGAUUCGUCAUUGUCUCGAAUGAGACCAAUCACUGUUGUGUCAUCUGCGAACUUCAGUAGCUUAACAGAUGGAUCAUUGGAGAUGCAGUCACUGGUAUAAAGAGAGAAGAGAAGUGGGGAGAGCACACAGCCUUGGGGGCCCCUGUGCUAAUUGUACAGGUAUUUGAUGUGAUCUUGCUUAGCUUCACCUGCUGCUUCCUGUUUGUUAGGAAGCUUGUGAUCCACUUACAAAUCUGUUCUGGUACCUGUAGCUGGUUUAGCUUAGUUAGAAGAAUGUCUGGAAUGAUGGUAUUGAAUGCUGAACUAAAAUCUACAAAAAGGACUCUUGUAUAGGUCUUUGGAGACUCAAGAUGUUGUAGGAUGUAGUGCAGAGCCAUAUUAACAGCAUCAUCUGUUGAUCUAUUUUCUCGGUAUGCAAAUUGCAAGGGGUCUAACAGCGGAUCCGUCUGUACAAAUCAUCUGUACAAACUAAAAUCCAUAAGUAUCUGUCCACUCAUAAGGUCAGGUAGAGCAGGCAUGCUCCAGAUCCUUUCCUGGAAUAUUGCCAUUUAAGGGUAUCUAGGAAGCUGCUUUUCCAUGGGGGCUCCUACUCUAUAGAAUGUCCUCCCCCCAAUGAUCUGGCAGCCUGCUACCAUUUUAGCCUACUGGAGGGUCAUAAAAAUUUGGCUGUUCCCCCAGGUGUUGGGGCAGACUGCAAUGGGAGAGGGUGAAUGGUUGCCAGAGCAUCCCAGGAGGAUGACCGAGGCACUGGGUUUUAGUCUUGUUUUUAUGGGUUUUGUAGUUUUUUGAGGGGUGUUUUUGUGAGCCACCCAGAGUUGUGUUGCAAGAUUGGCAGCCAUACAAAUUGGUCAAAUAUAUAAACUGAAGCAACUGGAUUAAACUCAUGUUUAAUCAUAUACUACUAAAAAGAUGUACAGGUAGCCCUCGACUUACAAUCAGCCAUUCAGCAAUCAAUUGAAGUGAAGUGUAGAGUGGAUGGUCACUAAGCUGAUCCAUCUCAUAAUUCUAUCAAAACUUGCUUCAGUGAGAGGUCAAGAGAUCCAUGGGACACCACCCUUGAUGCUCCACUGCACAUCAGCAUAACAACUAUAUUUUUAGCUGUUUCGCUCUCUCUUUCCUACAUACAUGUACUUUUGGUCAUGCCUGGGUAGUCUGAGGGAGGAUUCAGCCAAAGUUCAUGUCUCACAUCUGUGACAUCAGCUCUCCCCAUCAUGCCAUAUAACUUUUCAUGUUAUACAAAUGCUUCAUGUAUAAAAGAGGAAGAAUAAAACUGUCUGAACAUGCUUGAACAAACGCUUGCUCAAUAAAAAUGUGUGAACACGCACUUGCUCGCAUGCUUGCAACCAUGUCAAGUCUCAUGUGCAAUUAUUGAAACCCAACAUCUGAUGACCCCGACGUGACUGACUCUCUGUGGGAAGCAGCUCCCAACAUAUCCACCGUCAUCUGAAGAUAGAUCUCUUUCGGUGCGCAUCUUUCGUCCUUCGGGACCCCAUAAAGCGGUGAGUAUGGGCUGCAAUCUAUCUCGACAUCAGGUAAAGCAUGUCCAGGAACUGCAGUUUUUGUUACAAAAAUCUGGUAUAGUGGUAUCCAAGAAGGACAUCAGGAAACUGGUGAGUGAGAUAGGGAAACAGUGCCCCUGGUAUGCAGAACAGGGGACAUUUCGUUUGUCGGAUUGGGAAAAAAUAGGGAAAACCCUUUAUCAGGAACUACGGGCUCCUGUUAAAAUACUGCACACUUGGCAUCAGUGUCGAUAUGCGAUGGAGAAAUUAGGAACAGACAGUAUAGUUCAAUCAAAAUUAAGUUUCAGUCCACCCCCCGACCACGAUCAAAUAAAAAUAGUUCCUCCCAUUGCUCUUGUGGCCGAAGUGGGGAAAGAAAAAAACUGAACAUCUUAAUAAUUAUGUACCUUUGAGGAAAAUAUUGGAAGAGCAAAUGGACAAAGGAGAAGGAGAUAUGAAGGAAUUAACAGACAUGUUAGCCUUUUGUCCGGUACAUAUGACUGGGCAAAUAGAUCAAAAUGAGGCACAAGUAGCUGAAUAUUGCCCUCUUUCCUAUGCAAUCUUAACUGAACUUUGCAAAGGAAUAAGGGACACUGGAUUGGGAAGUACCUAUAUGCAGGGAAUGUUGGAACUGGAAAAGAUCCUGAUUUGGCAGAUAUGAUUAAAGCAUGUCAAGAUAUAGGAACAUCCUCUUACCAAACCAAUUUGUUAGCAGCUGCUUUAUCAGAAGGCAGCAAGCCUCAAGGAAAGUGUUAUAGAGAUCAUGAUAAUUUACCAUUCUCAAAAGAGACAGAGAACUCUGAAAGAACUAAGAAUAAAAAAGAAAAAUAUAUUGGCCCUUCUGGGCCUCCAGGGGUUGGUUGGAUGCUGUUGCCACCCAAGAAUUAAAGCCUGUCUAAAUGGAAAGACUCAGAUAAUUUGAAUUGAUUAAUUUGAUGUGAUUUCUGUUAAAAAAUAUUUUGUUGAUAUGCAUCUAUAAUAAUAGCAUGUAGAAUUGAAUUGGAUUGAAUUGAUUGCAAUAUGUCUGGCCAGCCUGCAAUUAAAUAAACUUCUCAGCUUGGAGCUGUGGGGAAACGGAGAGUGGAUAGGGUCCACAAUCACAUUUAUGAUUGAAACUGCUCUCUGAGUUUUCCCACUGCUUUAAGAAUGGCUGGCCAAGGAAAUAAAAAGUGAGGAUUUAAAAAAGAAAAUGCCACAGUUCUGGAAAUGUUGUUUACUGGUAUGUGUGUGUAUGUGUGUGUGUGUAAUCAUUUCCAGACCUGGAUGGAGGAUGAAAUCCUCUAAUAAUAGUACACAAAAUUAUUUAGAAAACGGAGCCCAUUGGCUUGUGAAAAAGCUCCCUGAAAUAAAUAUAAUGAUUGGUUUGCAUGGAGGAAGCACUGAAUGAAAUGUUUGUAUGUGAAACCGGUUUAUACAAAAAAGGUCUGAUUGCAGUACAAAUGUGCAUGUAUGUGUGCAAUGUGCCGAAGCUCAUAAGGAGUGAUAAGGCGAAGUGACCUGUGAAUGCCUGUGUGUUGACCCCACCUUAGAGAGAUUCCCUUUUGUAUAAACAGUAAGUUGUAAGGUUUUGUUGUUGUUAUUGUUUUGAAGUAAGUAAAGAUCCCAUGGAGGAUGUGGGAGAUAAAUUUGUGGAAAAUGUCUGUGAGUUAUUGAGGCUAGAGAGAAAUGCAGAGUGGGUUGUUUUGUUGAAAGGACGCUGAGAGGCACAAGGAGGUGAGAAUUCUGUGUGGUUUAAACAUUUUUUCUCCCUGUACUCCCCGCACCCUCAUUCUUUUACACAAGGAUUUUCCCCCCUUGGAGGAGCAAGGGGGGGCUGCAGGGUUUUGUUCUUUUCACCAUUUUCUCUCUCUCUGCUGAGUCAGCUUGAGAAAGGCGGGAUUAAGGGUGACAUCUGAUACCUGCCUUUGCAGUUGCACUGUUUUUGGCUCUGAAUGCAAUUUUGAUUUUCUUUUUCUUUCUGGAAAUUUUUGAGGUUUCAAAUGCUUAAUUAUAUUUCAGAGUAUUGGCUCAAAAUACCUUAUUUAGAUUGAUUGUUUUAUUUUUGAAGCUGUUCAUAUUUUACCUACUUUGUUCACAGAUCCAUUUUGUAGUCAUUCUUUUUUUCCAUCAAAAUGCCAGGGGGCUGGCACAAGCUUGCCAUAUUCUACUCGAUCAAGCCAAGCAAAUUGUUUCAUCCUGUCCCCAAUGUUCUGGGGCAUCUCCCUCAGGAGACACGGGGGUUAAUCCCCGUGGUUUCACCUCUAAUCAACUAUGGCAAAUGGAUGUUACCCAUGUUCCCUCUUUGGCUCCCUGGCUAAUCGGUCCUUUAAGGACUGCCUUCACA